GCGGGGAAAAAUUUAAAAAUAUAUCCCAACAAAUUACUGGCCAAACUUCUUAUUGAUUGGACGUCCCCUCCCGCUAUAUAUUUAUUGCAAAAUACAUACAAAGAUGGGCAUGUCUAAAUCAUAUCAGGAGAUUAUUGCUAAGCCAAUAUUAUGGGUACGUAUUUUAUAUUAUUACAUGGCCACAUUGUCUGUUGCUAUAGUAAAAACCUCUUAUUUUUUUCCAAUUCAAUCAUACCCAGUUUCUGUAUUCCACAAAGUUAUUGAAUAACCUCUUCUAGUAUUUUAGAAAUUUGUCAUCGUCAUACACUUCUACAUACUAUGUACUAUACCUAGCCCCUCUACCCACUCUUUUCAUUCAUAUGUUAAGCGUUUGCAUGAGAUCAUUUUGGUUUAGUUUGUUUUGAUUGUUGAGUCAGUUGAUAAAAUUUUAGCCGGUGACAUGUCAAGCGAAUUUUCCAAAGACGACACUACUAAAUUCAAUGUUUCCAUUUCCGAUGUGGAUCCGGUAAAAGAUUAUGAAAAUCUUAUGGAAAAUCGUCAACACUAUGAUCCAGAAUCGGGUGUAAUUUUUGCUGAAAUAUGGGAACAAAUUUGUUAUGCAGUAUGUGAUUGUAUAUGGAAGUUAUUGUUCGAUGAUACCACGCCAAGUGAGGAUCAGAUCAAUAAAGCUAAGGAGUUAUUAAAGAAAUUCCGGCUGGAUUCAAAAAUAAUUAAUCCUUAUGUUUAUAAUGGUUUCCAAGAUAAAUUGCGGGAUGAAUGUCUUAACCAUAACAAUUUAAGAGAAUUUUGGAAAAGUCUUUUGGAGGAUGACGAUGAUGAUGACACAGAUAUUGCCCCCGCCGUGCCACCGUGUGGUGAAGUUUACUAUAACUUUAUGUUCAGUCGAAUCGUUACACCUCUGAACACAAAAACAUCACCCAAACAAGAUGUGGUAUUAAAAUCAGAAGAUUUUGAUAAAAAUCUACCUUUGGCCAAGUUAUUGGAGAAUUAUGAAAGCGCCAAGAAACAAAUCGAUGCCAUACACAUUGCAGAUGAUAAAUUUAAUGAUAUUUGGAUUCAAUUUCACAAUUUGAUUUGUGAUUGUGUAUGGAGUUUUAUCAUCGAUGCAAAACCAUCUCCCAAUGAAGAACAAAUAGCCAAGGCGUGUGGCCUUUUGAAAAGAUAUAGGGAUGAUGCUGUCUAUAUUAAUUGGUCAAUGUAUAAUGAAUGGAUGGAAAAGUUUCGUGAACAAUUAUUGGAGAAUGGAAUGGAAGAGUUUUUGCAAAAAGAAAUCAUUGCCAAACAAUUGGGGCUUUGUCGUUCGUUUCGGGCAAUGCAGGAAAAUCAAAUCUUGAAGGCAGUUAAUUUACAAUUUGCGGCAACAGAAGUGGAUUUUAGUGAAUUGCAAGCUAAAUUGCCACUGGCCGAACUCUUGGAUCUUUAUCACAAUGCCAUGGACAAUAAAAUGGACAUGGAUUGGGAAACCUUCUCCGAUAUAUGGCAACAAUUUUCGGAGGCGGUGUGUAACUGUAUUUGGCAAAUAAUGUUUAAUGAUACGGGGGACACUGCCUCCUUAACUUCUGCACAAAUGGAAAAGGCCAGUGUAUUACUGAAAACAUACCGAGAAGAUUCCAUUAUGAUAAAUCCCACAUUUUAUAAUGAAUGGAUUUACAAAUUUCGCGAUGAAUUAUUGAAACGUGAAUUCUAUGAUUUUUGGAAAAACGAAAUUGUUAAGAAGGAAUUGGGUCCAUGCUGGGCCAGAGAUUCAGAUUUCUUUGAUGACAUGGAUGAUCCAGAGCCGGCAGAAUUUUAUAAUUAUGCCGGAUGCCAGGCUGCUUGGUUAAGUGAAGCAGAGGGAAAGGAAACCGCUGAAGAAAAACAACAAAAGCCAGAAAUUGCCAACACAACACCAAAGUCAACAAAACCCAUUUCCUUGUCAAAUCCAUUAGAAGACUAUACACACAAUAUGUUGGUGCAAAGGGACUUGGAUAUGAAUGAUAAAGCGGCAUAUAAGAAAAUUUUCUCCGAAAUAAGACAUGUUUUGUGGCAGUUGUUAUUUGGAAAUGAAGAAAAGUCCUUGUCCCAGGAAACAAUUAAUAAGGCCUCAUCCCUGUUACAGGCUCACAAAGAAGAUGCCUGUUACUUUUCACCCUAUGAAUACAAUGAAUGGAUUGUGAAAGUACGCGAUGAGUUGGUGAAGCGCAAAUAUUGUGAUUUUUGGCAAAUAAUAGUAGACAAUAACUUGGGACUUUGCUCUGCCAAUGAUUCACAUUUCUUUCACAAUCGACGUGAUCCAAAACCCAAGGAAUUUUAUCGCAUUGGUACAGAGUUAAUGGCAGUACUACAACUUAACUUGCGUCCAUAUUGCAUUGCACAAAAAGAAACGAAGUCCAUGAUGUCCUCUUCUACCCUACCGGCUGACUUUGAGCACUUUGAAGCCAACAUAUCCCUGGAAACCCCAGUGGAAGAUUAUGAGAAACUUCUGCAAGAGAAACUAAAAAUAGAUGCCAUUGUUAGCAAAGACAUGAUGAAUAGAAUUUGGAAUAAGAUAUCAACAGCGGCCCAGUCAACUGUGUGGCAACUGUUGUUUGAAAACAAAUCUACUGACGAAGAUAUGAAGAAGGCAACUGCAUUGUUGAAAAUCUUAAAAGAUGAUUCCUGUUUCUAUUCUCCAUGGUCUUACAAUGAAUGGAUUGUCAGGGUAAGAGAUGAAUUGCUACUGCGUCGCAUGAUUGACUUUUGGAGAAAGGUUCUGGUGGCGCAAGAGCUAGGUCCUGCCUGGGCUAGAGAUUGUGAUUUAUUUGAGGAUUCCACUGAUCCAGAACCUGCGAAAUUCUAUGAAUUUGAAGGGUGCAAAGCGCCUUGGAUAAAGGAAUAGGUAGUCGAAGACACAAAGGAGUCAAUAACUUAUAUUCCGAACAUAAUAAAACCAAAAUUAUAUACCUUGUAGGAUUGU